AUGAAAACUCACCUGGAUCGCCCCCUGGUGGUCAACCCACAGGAUAACCGUAACAACAACACGAACAAGACCCCCCCUGGAGACCUGUGUCUGGAGCAGGAGUACCAGCGGCAGGACGCGGAGCACCAUCGGCGUCUGGGCUCUCACCAUCAUCAUCAUCACCAUCAUCACCAUCAUCAUCAUCAUCACCACGCCAAGCCACAGACGGACCCAGCUCCAGCCUCAGACCAAGCCAGAGACCCAGCCUCAGACCCAGCCUCAGACCCAGCCUCAGACCCAGCUCCUCCUGCUGUAGGCCUGGGUCUCAGCGGCUCCUCCCUCCCCCCUGCAGAGGCGUGCGAGGAGCACCACGGCCACCGGGGGCACCAUCGACACAGCCACCGUCGUGUGAACCCGUCUCCUCUGGCUCCUCCUGUGGAGCCUCGUUUGUAUGUCCGCCACUCUCUGCUCGUCUUCCUCAACUCUCUCCUCUUCCUCAACUCUCUGCUCGUCUUCCUCAACUCUCUGCUCUUCUUCCUCAACUCUCUCCUCUUCUUCCUCAACUCUCUGCUCUUCUUCCUCAACUCUCUCCUCUUCCUCAACUCUCUCCUCUUCCUCAACUCUCUCCUCUUCUUCCUCAACUCUCUGCUCUUCUUCCUCAACUCUCUCCUCUUCUUCCUCAACUCUCUGCUCUUCUUCCUCAACUCUCUCCUCUUCUUCCUCAACUCUCUGCUCUUCUUCCUCAACUCUCUCCUCUUCUUCCUCCACUCUCUGCUCGUCUUCCUCAACUCUCUGCUCGUCUUCCUCAAUCUCUGCCCCUCCUCCUCCACUCUCUGCUCUUCUUCCUCAACUUUCUCCUCUUCCUCUCUCUCCAUGCAGUCGGUGAAGUAUAACCGCUUCAUCUGCUCGGUGCAGGGCUGCACCGCCGCCUACAACAAACAGUGGAAACUGGACGCACAUCUGUGUAAACACACGGGGGUCAGGCCCCACACGUGCGACCACCCGGACUGCGGUAAGUCCUUCGUCAGCCCGUACCAUCUGUCCCGCCACGCCCUGAUCCACAGCGGUGAUAAGCCGUUCCCGUGCACGGAGGAGGGCUGUGGCGAGGCCUUCACCACCAACUCUAACCGUGCUCGCCACAUCGAGCGCAUGCACCGCGACACCAGCAAGGCCUCUCUGUACGUGUGCGACAUCACCCACUGCGGCCGCGCAUUCAGGAAGCACCAGCAGCUGCGGUCCCACAUGUGUGAGGAGCACGCCACGGUACCAGCUUAUCAGUGCCCCUAUGAAGGCUGCUCCAUGCGCUUCACCUUUCCCAGUAAGCUGAAGCGUCAUCAGAAGGUUCACCUUGGUUACCGUUGCCCGGCGACCGGCUGUGAGUUUGUGGGUCAGACGUGGACGGAGCUGACUGCCCAUCGCCGUGACAACCAUCGAACACGCUUCAGCUGCGACCAGUGCGACAAGACCUUCAAGGACCAGUACACCAUGAGGCUGCACCAGCGCAUCCACAGCGACACGCGCCUGGUCCUCCGCUGCCCCCGCGCCUCCUGCACCAGGACCUUCACCACCGCCUUCAACCUGCAGAGCCACAUCCGCUCCUACCAUGAAGAGCUCAGACCAUAUGUGUGUGAGCACCCAGGCUGUGGGCGGAGCUUCGCCAUGAAGCAGAGUCUGACUCGUCACGGCGUUGUCCACGACCCCGAGAGGAAGACGGUGAGACCGGCCAGGGUCGCCGCCAACAAGCGCUCGCUGGUCUCACGCCUCAGCGGGUACCGGGACCCCAAGACCCCCGUGAGCCCUGAGACCCCUGAGACCUCUGAGACCCCUGGGUGCCCUGGGACCACUGGAGCCUCGCUGACCUCUGGGGUCCAGCUGUACCUGAGUCUGAACCCAGGGACAGACCCGGUCCAGAGGUACCUGCAGAGUCUCAGCAAGUCCGAGACCACGGCCACCCCGGGGGAGGGGCCUCAGCACCAGGGGGAGGAGCCUCAGCACCAGGGGGAGGAGCCAGGUUCUUCCAGUGACGUCGCCGAUGAUAGGAGUUUCAAAAGUGAAAGUCUUGAUGGAGAAGAUAGUGAUUCGGACGACCCACAUGGUAUGGACUCAGAUCAGAGUCUCACUGGGACUGGGUCUCAGGCCUCUGUCUGUUCUCCAGGCACAGAUUGUGUCUUUGAUCCAAACAAAGUGAAGCAGGAGCCCAGUCCAGACCCGGUCCAGCCUCAGUCCCAGAGUCCAGGUCCGGGCUGGAGUCCUGAGUCUCUGAAGCCACAAUAUUUACAUGACGCUUUUAACGACCCCAAAGAGGAGCUGUGUGACAGUCCCAGUCCUGGUUCCAGUCCUGGUUCCAGUCCGGUCCAGUCCCCACAGGAGUUGAUGUCUAUCCUCGAGGACUCGACUUUACAGAAGGAGAACCACGAACAUGUCCUCAGCACAACCAUCAAGGCCUAG